AUGUCCGAUAGCGCUUCCAGUCAAGUGCUGUCAUCAAAUAAGCAGCAUCUAACCAAUCCAUCGUCAAUCAAUUCAUCAUCAUCAUCAAAAAAUAGCAACAUUCCAAUUGCUCAAUCUCAAUCACAAGUAAGCGGCCGACCAAAUCAGAAUAAUUUGGAUCUUCUUUGUGAUAUUUCAUUUGGUCAGCAACAGCCAUCUGAAGCGCAGAUGGAUCGUGGGGCAUCGAACUCUGUUCAGUCAAUGUCAUUGUCGGCUGAUGAGGAUGUAGCUGAUCGAAGCAAUGAGCAAUUCGGUGAUUUCACAUCGUCAUCACCGGUACCAUCAACAGUCCCGUCAGAUGCCCUGUUGAAUCCGCAACCAAUAGUGCCGAUUUCACUGAAUAGUGAAGUAUUCUCGAAUGAGAAACAAGAAGCGAAAGAUAUCUACGCAGUCAUGAAAGCGGUUGAGGGAGAUAUGCAAGGCAGUGAACAGGAACAAGAAAAUGUACACGUCUGGAAACGGUGUAUUCAAGAAGCGUAUUGUUUAUUCAGCGAUGCCGAUCAACUCUUACCGAUCGCAUCCGAAAUUUUCAUCAACGAUAUUGCACAAACCGAACGGGGUGCUAAGUAUUUAUCAGCUUUAAGAGCUGUUUAUGAAAUGGUAUCGAGGAUACGAAAAGGACGCGUUGAAGAGUUGAGAGAAGUGAACAACGAACUUGAACAGAUCGAUCGAAUUUGGCAGAGAAUUAAA